AUGAUCAAUAUUGGUCUUGGUAACUACUCUUCUAUGCAUCCUAUUAUUACUUCCCAAUCAUUGAAAACCCUCCAUGCUCCAUGUGGUUCUAUUAAUGGAUCACACUCUUUUAAUUUUCCCAUCCUAACUGCACUAUACCUAGAACAUCCCAUUUUUAAUGAUCCAGAUUGUGAAUUCUCAGAACUGUUUUCUGGGUGUCCAAACCUGAAGGAUCUGACUUUACACAAUUGUGAGAGUGGUUUGGAUGCUAUUAGUAUUGUGGGUAAAUAUCUAGAAAAACUGGAUAUUUCAGUUCAGUUAUGUCCCAUAGACUUUAAAAUUGUAAUUGAAGGGCCAAAACUUUAUGCACUCAAAUAUAAGGGAGAUGCUUUUGUCAGGAUCUUAGCUAACGUCCCCUCUAUGGAAAAGGUUGAUCUCAAUUGCUUUGUUCGUCAUGAUGGAAAAUGGCAAAAAAAGGGUUUUGAAUGUUAUUCAGAUGCUUAA